AUGUCCGCAGCUGUUACUCAUCAACCUCAACAUUCAGCAUUCGGAAAAUACAAACGUUGGUUGCGUUUGUCCCUUUAUACAAUCUUACUUCUGGUAGGCCAAUGCACAGCCACACUUUUGGGAAGGUUCUACUUUGACAAAGGUGGUAAAAGCAAAUGGAUUGCAACAUUUGCUCAAUCUGCUGGGUUCCCUAUACUAAUUCCACUCCUAUUUUACUCUGCCAAAUCAACCAACCAUGAUUCCUCCAAGACCAAAACCGAACCAAGAAGCUCAGUUAUGAUUCCCUUGUACCUAGGUUUUGGUCUAAUGUCGGCAGUAAUGGACCUCUUGUAUUGCUAUGGACUUUCAUGUCUUCCUCUUUCCACUUUUGCCCUAGUCUGUGCCACCCAACUAGCCUUCAAUGCUGUAGCUACUUACUUAAUCAAUUCCCAAAAGUUCACUGCAUUGAUAUUGAACUCUGUCGUUGUUCUUACUAUGUCAGUUAUCCUAAUCGCACUCAACACUGAAUCGGAGGACACAGACCUUCCGAAAGGGAAGCUACUAAUCGGGAUCUUCUGUGUCCUUGCUGCAUCUGCCAUGUUUUCUUUACAACACUCUCUCUUGCAGCUCUAUUUUGUGAAGAUUGCAAAGACAGAACAAACCUAUCCUUCUCUGUUGAAGAUGAAUUUUUACCCCAUGCUCAUUGCUUCAGUCGCUGGCCUUGUGGGAUUGUUUGGAAGCGGAGAUUGGAGAAGUAUGGGAAGAGAGAUGAAGGAGUUUAAAUACGGUGGAGCGUCUUACGUAAUGACUCUGGUUUGGAUUGGUGUGACAUGGCAAAUAGCAUGCCUUGGUAUGUUAGGGUUGAUUUUCGAGGUAUCUUCAUUGUUCUCUGUUGUAAUAGGUAACCUGGAACUCACCGUAACUCCUAUACUUGCUGUGUUUGUGUUUCAUGACAAGAUUUAUGGUGUGAAGAUUAUAGCCUUCUUGUUAGCUGUAUGGGGCUUUUUGUCCUAUAUAUACCAACAUUAUCUCGAUGACCAAAAGGCCAAGCCAGAUAAAAUUGAUGAUGGUGGCCUUGGCCUUUCAAAGCUAGAAGAACAAAUUUCACAAUAG